UUUUCCUCAUCACCAACACUACAACAUUAAUUCUCUCUCCUAUUUUUGAGAAAUUAAAGAUGAGGCCCUUUCCUUCUCCAUCUUCUUCUUCCUCUAUCCAUCUCUUUAUCUCCAUUUUCAUGAUUCUUAUAAUUUCUUCAAUAAUCUCAAUCACAUCUUCUGAGAAACCCUACCAAGAUGCCAACAACACACAGUUCAUCAGAACAUCUUGUAAUUCAACAAACUACCCAAGACUCUGCUUUGCUUCCUUAUCAAAGCACGCCGGCUUCAUACAAACCAGCCCCGUGCUUCUCACCGGCACGGCGCUAAACGUGACUCUGGCGUCGGCGAAGGCGACGUCGGCGAUGAUGUCGACACUAUCCAAGAGCCUCCACGGUAGGCUGAAGCCGAGGGAGGCGGCGGCAUUGAGGGACUGUGUGGAGCAGCUGAGUGACUCAGUAGAUGAACUGAGAAAGUCCAUUGGAGAGAUGAGUGAGCUAAGAGAAUCAAACUUUGAGCUGACAAUGAAUGAUGUUCAGACAUGGGUUAGUGCUGCUUUGACUGAUGAGAGCACUUGCAGUGAUGGGUUUGAAGGAGCUUCCAUGAAUGGAAAUGUGAAGAACACUGUGAGAAGCAGGAUUGUGCUUGUGGCUCAGCUUACUAGUAAUGCUUUGGCUUUCAUAAGUCAGCUUGCUUCUUCCCACGCCUGAUUUUUUUUUUUUCGAAGUUUUGUUUUUGUUUUUAUUUUUAAAAAAGAUCCCUUUUUUUAUUUAGAGAAAUUUAAUGUUGUGUGAGUUGUGGGAGUGUCAAGUUGUAUUGUUUUUCCAAAGUGUGGGAAAUUAAACACGCUGUGUAUGUAUGUGUGUAUAUAUAUAUAUAUAGAUAAUAUAAUAUAGCAUUUAGAUUUAGCUA